AUCACAUAUCACAACCAGCAGGAGAAGCAGUUGAACAGAACCCUGUGUGUUUCGCUCGUUGACACGGCCUAAACAUGACGGCCUCUCAGAGCACGACUCAGGAAGUCAAGGAGAAGGUCACGGCUUUUCGAACUCAGAAGGAGAUGUUUGAGAAGAUGGAGGAAUCCUUUAAGAUCUGUGCUUCGUGUGAAAGGCGACCAGAUAAGCUUUCCAACCCACAGAGCUUAAAGCGGUGUGCCAGAUGUUUAAAUGUUUACUACUGCUGCAAAGACUGCCAGAAAGAGGACUGGCCCAAACACAAGAAGUUCUGCUCAGUCCUGCGUCUCGCUGCCAUCGACAGAGUUGUUGAAUGGUUAUUAUUUAAAGGAGAUCUGCCGUUCCCCACAGACAAGUGGUCCAAGCCCCAGUCUGAGGUCAGAGGUUGGGACGACUGGCUCGCCAUGCAGGGAGACCUCACAUCCCGACUUGACCCCGUUGUAAAGGGCGAGAACAUGAAGGAGCUGUGGACAAACGCGGGCCGGCCUCGGCCCGACGAAGACGACCUGAAGCAGUCGCUGUGGCGGGUCUGCAGCGACUUCUUCUCCAGGCCCCUCACUGUGGUGUGGGGGAUGAGACUGUUCGGUUUGAACCCCUGCUCCAGACCACUCACCGUCCACCUGGUGGGGGCGGGCCACACGGAGACCCUCGCAGCUAAACUGACGGACUACGACGAGCUGAACCACAUGUUCCCUGGACACCAGGGCAUAGAGGUGGUGAUGGUGGGACCGGAGGUGGUGGACGGCCCCAUCGUGAGGCCUCCUCUCAGAGCCUUCGGCCCCAAGCAGAGGGUCUACAUCAGCGCCUACAGGGGUCUCUACCACCAGUUCUGGGAGGAGCUGGUGGAGAUGGAGGAGGCAGUCAAACCKGACCUGGUGGUCGGAUUUCAUCCAGGUUUCGAUGCUAGUCAAGGUCUGGAUCAGGGCUGGCUUCCAACACUUCUGCUCCUCAGGGAUUAUGAGAUUCCUUCUCUUUUUACUACUUUAAACGAGACAGAGAUGACCUACUCCCUGCAAAUCCUCCAGGAGCUGGAGAUGGACAUGAGGGGAAGCGGAGCCAACCCGUUCGCGUCGCUCAAGCCAGAAGCGGAGGGCUCGUCUCCCAACAAGCCCCCCGUUUACUGCAAUUCUCACUACUUCUGCUUCCAGGGUCUGCUGGAGACCGGGGAGCUCGAGGAGCCCGAGGAGGCCUGAGGGAGCUGGAGCUGUGGCUCCUUUUUUUUUUGUACUUUUCUUUUGUUUUUACCUGAACAGCAGCUCCCACACUGUAACUCUGACUGAUAUGGUCAAAUGUUGGGUAAAUCUUUUUAUCCAGAUACUUCAAAAUAAAAAGAACGACAGUCACAGCAGCAG